GGAACCAGAUGAGGCACAUCUGGACAGCUGCGCUCAGGAACUGUGCAGCCCGGUCGCGGGCCCGACGUCAGCUCAGCACGUACCCCACGUCUUCUCCUUCUAGCCACUUAUUACUUAUUUAUUCAUUUCCCCAAAGAAGCAACCAAGAAUCCAAGUUCAAAACUUUUUUUCCCCCUCUAAAUGCGAGACAGUGCCAGAUCCCAUCCAACACACAGUUUAAUUUUCAUGGGGCUUUGGGAUCAAAAGAAUAGAAACAGCAACAACAAAAGCCCAGCCGCUGUCUGAUUUAAACGGGCAAAGUGGGAAAAAUAAAGUGUUGAGUAAACAGAUCGAGUUGGUGAGGAACAGUGAAGAAGCUGGAAGCUGGGAAUAUAGGAGACUGAGGUCCAGUUGUGCCUCAGCUGUGAACCUUUCAACAUGGGGAGUUUCAAAGGUCAUGCCCUUCCUGGAACCUUCUUCUACAUCAUAGGCAUUUGUUGGACUCUAAAGUCUGUUCUGAAGUAUGCCUGCAAAAGGCACAAGCGGACUUCCUAUCUUGGUUCCAAAGCAUUAUUCCAUCGAAUAGACAUUGUGGAGGGAAUCAUAAUAAUCUGCAUGGCUUUAACUGGUAUGCUGGGGGAACAGUUUAUUGUUGGAGGACCCCACCUGACUUUGUAUGACUAUAAAAAAGGCCAGUGGGUCCAGCUGCUGGGUUGGCAUCACACCACCAUGUAUUUCUUCUUUGGGCUGCUGGGUGUGGCAAACAUCUUAUGUUCUACCAUCAGUUCAAUCCCAGCCUCUUUAACCAAGUUAAUGCUGUCGAACGCCUUAUUAGUGGAGGCUUUUAUUUUCUACAACCACACUCACGGUCGGGAAAUACUGGACAUCUUUGUGCACCAGCUACUGGUCUUGGUCGUCAGUUUGGCAGGCCUUUUUGCUUUCUUGGAGUUCCUUGUGCGCCAUAAUGUACUUUUGGAGUUACUGCGUAUAAGCUUUGUCCUGCUUCAGGGAAGCUGGUUCUGGCAGAUUGGUUUUGUCCUUUAUCCCCCCACUGGAGGUCCUGCAUGGGACCUAAUGGAUCAUGAAAACAUUAUGUUUCUCACCAUAUGCCUUUGUUGGCAUUAUGCUUUCAGCUUUAUCAUCAUUGGAGUGAUUUAUGCUUUUGUCAUCUGGCUGACAUCUGGGCCUCAUCUCCUUAGGGGCUGGGCAACUUCCAAGAUCAAUGCCGGCACUCAGGGAGCCUCUCUACUGCGUGUCGGCUCAUUUCCAGAGUCAAAAGAAGACUACUGUCUUUUCCUGUUUCAAAAACCUUCAGACCCCUAAGGACUCUCACACCCACUUACAGUUCUCUAGAAAACAGAAACCCAUGUUUAUUUUUUCAACCUCUGAGUGU